AUGCGCCAGCCGAUAGAUACAGAUUCUCUGCACCGUUUUCUCAAAGACCAUGUCCCCGCCAUUCAUGUACCCAUUCAAAUACAGCAGUUCGAAUUCGGCCAGUCCAACCCGUCAUACAAGUUGACAGACAGCCAGGGUCAACGCUUCGUGCUCCGCAAAAAGCCACCAGGGAAACUGCUCACGAGGGCCGCGCAUCAAGUCGAGCGCGAGUAUCGCGUGAUUCGGGCCCUGGGUGGGACAGAUAUCCCCGUCCCCAAGGUCUAUUGUCUGUGCGAGGACAGCAGCGUGCUCGGCACGCCGUUCUACAUUAUGGAGUUUCUGGACGGGCGAAUCUUCCAGGACGCGUACAUGCCUGGUGUUUCUGGCGAUGAGAGGAAUGAAAUGUGGAAACAAGCGGUCCAGACGCUCGCGCGGCUUCACCGUCUCGACCCGGCAUCCAUUGGGCUCGCGGACUUCGGGAAACCACGCGGCUUCUAUCGUCGGCAGAUCAGGACGCUGAAGAAUCUCCACGAGUCAUACGCGAAAGUGACGGACGUCGAGACCGACGAGCCGGUGGGUAAUAUCCCAGGCACGGACGAACUGCUGGCGUACUUUGCAAACGAAACCCUGCAGCCGCACGACCGAGGCACCAUCGUGCAUGGGGACUAUAAGAUCGAUAACCUGGUGUUUCACAAGACCAAGCCAGUGAUCAUUGGGAUAUUGGACUGGGAGAUCUCAACCAUAGGCCACCCCCUUUCGGAUCUCAGCAAUCUCGUGCUUCCUUGGACCGUUACUCAGAGUUCCAGGGAGAUCAAGCAGCACUCGCACCCGGCGUUUGAUGUUACAGGCGGUCCACCGGGACUGCCGAGCAAAGCGCAAUGCCUGGAAUGGUACCGCGAUGUGGUAGGGUGGGACCCAAGCCAUGAUAUCGUCUGGGCCGACGCUUUUAUGAUCUUUCGCACGAGCGUCAUGCUGCAGGGCAUAGCUGCCAGGCACGCGGUUCGGCAGGCGACUGGGGAGGACUCGUUGAUACUGGGGCGCGAACGGUUUCCCUACGCGCGAGCGGCGCUACAAAUAGUAAGGGGCCUCAAAGCGAAAGGGGAGAACGUGGCUGGGAAGGGAAGAUUGCAGAGGGUGGGCCGCCUGUAG